AAAUGGAAGGAUGCUAUCCUCCCCAAGAUGGUGCUACUGUGGAGGGCUUGUUGUUUGGUCCACUGCUUAACGUUGUGUUCUUUAGCAGUAUAUUCCAUGAAUGUCUCUGAGAAAUGCACGCAGGACACCAAGACUUUUCUCUCAGAGCUAAACAAGGACCUGCCCAGUGAAUAUGCUGCUUUAAUGUAUGAUGCCUUUGGGAAGAUGGGUAGUGAUGUGGUGGGGGGCAACGUGAACAGGCCUGGGUCUCUCCAGGAGUGUCUGUCUGUCCAGGGUCCCUCCUUUACUGGACAGUACUGCCAGGUCUUCCUCAAACAAGACCCAAUCCAGUACUUUGUUGGAAUAUGUGUUCCUGAUUCCUGUGUGGAAGAAGAGGUUCAGACACUAGUUGUUUACGAGACCUUCCAGCAGGCCAGGACCUCCCUGAUCCCUCCAGUACCGUCCACCCUACUGGCCCAGUCCACUCAGGGCCUGUUCAUGACCCAGUGUCUAACUCAUACUGGUGCUCCAGACCUGUCUGCUGUCACCUGCCUGUUUGUGUGUUGUGCGUUGGUGGCCGUCCCCUUGACUGCAACCCUGUUCGUGGCCAUAGUGAGAUGGCAGAGAAACAGAGAGGUCGGCCCUGGAGUGGAGUCUUCUUCUCUGAAAACCAGGGACCCAAACCUCUAUGGGACGCUGCUGUCUAAUGGCACGUCCAGUAACAACAGCUGCUCUGGACAACUGGACAGUCAGAUGGAGCACUACACAGAGGAGGAAGUAGAGGAGGAGGAAGUGAAGGAGGGGGGCAGUAAGAAGAGUUGUAUGUACUCGUGGCUCCAGGCCUUCUCCUUCCAGGCCUGCAGCCAGGAGGUCCUCUCUACAGCUAGCCCAGGUGGAGGCUACUCCUCCCUGAAUGGAAUCCGCAUCUUUAGCCUUCUAUGGAUAAUCUGUGGACACACUGUCCAGCUCAGCGCCUGGAACAACCUAGAUAAUGAAAAGAGAUGGAAAGCGACAGUGGAGAAAAACCCUCUGCAUGUGUUUGGCUUCAGUGGCCCUGUUUAUCUGGCUGUGGAUACCUUUCUGCUCCUAGGAGGUCUUUUGAGUGCAAGGUCCCUGCUGGGGUCCAUUCAGAGAGCGGAGGACAAACUGAGUCCAGGUCUGGUCGCCAACUUCCUCUUCAAGAGGUUUAAAAGAGUCCAGCCGCUGCACCUCUUCAUCGUGUGUCUCGCUAUCGGCCUCUUCUCCGUGGUCCAGAGAGGUGCAUUCUGGUUCAUCGCCGAAGAUGAGAUCAUCAACUGUAAAAAGUACUGGUGGUCCAACCUGCUACUGGUCAACAACCUCUUCACCAUCACUGACAUAUGUGCUCCAUGGACCUGGUAUCUGUCCCUGGAUUUCCAGUUCUAUGCAACAACCCCCCUGCUCAUCUACCUCUAUAGGCUGAACAAAGGAGUUCUGGUUGGUGUGGCUUCAGCUCUGCUGUUUCUGUCCAGUCUGACUAGCGCUGUUCUCACUGCCCUACUGCACCUCCCAGUUCACCAGCCUACCACACUAAAAUAUGAAAACUACUUCCAGUAUUACUACAAUAAACCCUACACCAGAUACGGGCCCUACCUGAUCGGGAUCCUGGCAGGGAUAAGCAUGACAACUAAGAAAGGCCACCUUUUAAAACAUCAGUGGCAGGCUGCAGUAGGUUGGUUCUGCUGCCUGUCAGUCAUGGCGAUAUUGGUAGGAUUGGCCUAUGUCCUCCGGGAUGUCCCACCCCAGCCGUCCGCGCCUCACGCCCUCUACCAGGGGAUCCAUCGCUCCCUCUGGGCCCUGGCCGUGGCCUGGAUCAUACUGGCCUGUGAGGAGGGAUAUGGAGGAUUUGUUGAUAACCUCCUGUCACUAAAUCUGUGGGUUCCUCUGUCCAACAUCAGCUUUGCCUGCUACCUGAUCCAUCCUGUUCUUAUUAUACUAUACAACGGCAAACAGGAGACUCCUAUACACUACACAGACAUGAACUUUUUCUAUCUGUUCCUGGGUCACAUGAUUCUGACGGUGGUGAUUGGCUAUGUGCUGACCGUGUUGGUGGAGAAGCCCUACCUCUUCCUCAGGGGCAGUAAGACUUAAGGACACGACCCCCUCGACCCUCCUCCUCUGGGACAUGACCCCUAGACCCUCCUCUGUACGACAUGACCCCUAGACCCUCCUCCUCUACGACAUGACCUCUAGACCCUCCUCCUCUACGACAUGACACCUAGACCCUCCUCCCUACGACAUGACCCCUCCUCCCACGACAUAACCACUAGACCCUCCUCUGUACGACAUGACCAUUAGACCCUCCUCCUCUACGACAUGACCACUAGACCCUCCUCCCUACGACAUGACCCCUACGACAGGACCCCCUAGACCCUCCUCCUCUACAACACUCCUGUAGAUCUGAAAGGAUUGGAUAGCUGUGAGCAGUAUGGCCAUAAAUGAAAGGAAUGAUGUAUGGGCUGAUUUAUAAAGAUGACUGUAUUCAUUGUAAGAUGGAAGAUGUGCGGUGUAAAUGAUUGUAUAAUUUGCCAUGUAUAAAAACUCAAACAUAAA